GUCGUAGAUGCUUGGAGACCAAGAUAUUUUAUUUUAUAAAACCACAAAUUAUGGAGUUGAGUGAUAGUAUUGUCAGAAAUUCGUAUAUUUAUCGGUAUGUAAGCCUAAAUUGCUGUGUAAAUUUGAACAAAUUUGCAAGUGUGCCACUGUCCGGAUCUUCUUGCGCCGCCGUAUCGUUAACAAGGAGUAAAAGGAGAAGCAGGAGAAGAGAGUUGCCGCCGUCAAUGGAGACGCCACCGGAUGGGUAUAGAAGGAAUGUGGGGAUUUGUCUCGUUAAUCCCUCAAAAAAAAUAUUUACUGCUUCCAGGAUAAACAUUCCGUACACGUGGCAGAUGCCUCAGGGUGGUGCUGGUGAGGGUGAAGAGCUAAGGAAUGCGGCAAUGAGGGAACUGAGGGAAGAAACAGGAGUUACUUCAGCUGAAUUUGUUGCAGAGGCACCGUACUGGCUCACUUAUGACUUUCCAUCACAAGCCAGAGAGAGAAUUAAUCGUCGAUGGGGUACCAAUUACAAAGGUCAAGCACAGAAGUGGUUUCUUUUUAAGUUUACUGGGAAGGAGGAAGAGAUCAACCUUUUGGGUGAUGGAAGUGAAACUCCAGAAUUUAAGGAUUGGGCAUGGUUGUUACCUGAACGAGUAUUGGAGCUUGCUGUUGGUUCCAAGAAGCCAGUCUAUGAACAAGUUAUGAAGGUAUUCGGUUCAUAUCUUCAGGCAGAUGCAGAUGAAGGUAAUUGUGCAGGACAAAACGAAACCGAGGCCAGGGUGCACGUGGAGUCAGCUCCUGUGUAAAGCGUGAAGUAGCUGAAUUUUUCAUUAGCAAGUCUCAUGAUAUAACAAAUUAUGGCACUUUGCUAAUUUUUAUCUCAAUAGAAGCCCCGCAUCAAAUAGAUCAUUUAUCCAUUUCAAUGGAUGGUUGGGAUGUUGGUUUUAAUUUUACAAUGGUUAAGAUUUGAACCUGUUCCAACUGCUUUCUUUGUUUGCUAAAAUAUUUUGAUGGUUAUAUUUACAGUAUAUUUUAUAAGAGUUUAUUGAUCA